AUGAUGCCUCUCACAAUGUGGAUGCUUCUGGAACUUCUGGCUCUUAGAGCCAAUGCUGAGGCCAGUGCUUGCGACGGUUCGGGAUGUGCGGAAGCGGAGGCGGAUGCGCAGGGCCUUCUGCAACUUGUAAAGGGGGAUCCCAGUGGUUCAUCAUGUUCAGCCCACUCCCAGUGUAACGAGCUGCGGCUCUCAGGGCAAUGUUGCCCGACUACCGAUGGCACGUACCUCUACUGCUGUGAUGCGGGGAGCUCGGACUCGCACACUGCCACAACAAAGCCAUCGCCCACGCCUUCCCCACCUGCCACCACUACCAACGCACCCCGCCGCAAGAAGUCGACACCGGAUGUGACGAGCCCAACUCACCAAACCGUUCCGGCUGCUGUGCAGCUUGAGUGCUCCGGCGAGGGCUUCCUCAAUUGCUGGACCUUCGACACCGAGUCCGACCCCACCCACGGCUACAUCAAGUACGUGUCGCAGUCGGAAGCCAUGCAACUCGGACUUUAUCGCCUGGAAGGUGGCGCUGUACGCCUUGGAAGCAUCGUGGGGACGAACGAGCCUGUCAAGGCUGUCCGGCUGCAGUCGGCGACGAAGUUCUCGCCGGGACACAUCUUCGUCAUCGACAUCCAACAUAUGCCAACAGGUAAAGGCACCUGGCCUGCUUGGUGGUCCUAUGGACCCGGCUGGCCGAACAGCGGUGAGAUCGAUACCAUCGAGACGGUGCUGGACGAGACCUACGUGCACUCGACACUGCACUCCAGUGCCGGCUGCAACAUGCCGGUUUCAGGGCUGUUCAACCCCAAUUGUAAUGCUGGUAACGGCAAUGAGGGCUGUGGAAUGGACGGGCCUGCUGGAAGUGGAGGCUCAACUUUCAACCAGAACGGAGGUGGUGUCUUUGCCACAAUGUGGACCACUAGCGGGAUCAAGAUGUGGUGGUGGCCCAGGAAGCAGAUUCCGUCAGACAUCACGAGCGACAAGCCGGACUCUUCGAGUUGGGGGGAGCCUUACGUGACUUUUCCGUUCGGAACCCAAUGUCCCUCAUCUCAUUUCAAGGACAUGACUUUGGUGAUCAACUUGGACUUCUGUGGCGACUGGGAAGGCAGUGUGUUCCCAGGCGGCGACAGCGCUUGCAUCGACUACGUGAAGAACCCGGCCAAUGUCAACGCCCUUUCUGAGGCAUACUGGAACAUCAACUACGUCAAGGUGUUUGCUGCCACCACAACCAUGACGGCGUGA